AGGUUAAGACUAGCAGUUGAAUGUAUAGGUGAUCAGUAAUUUGUUAGACUGGGACUUGCAGGCUGGUGUAAUGAGAACUUGGAAUUACUGUGGUCAGACUAGCUGUUGGGUCUAAGAGUUGAACCCUGUUUGGACAAGGCUAGUAGCAGAGUGUAAUUAGGUGAGUUGACUAGCAGUGGUAAGUAUAGAUGUGCAGGCAAGAAGAUUAAGACUUGCAGUAAGGAAGGAGUUGAGGGGAUCCAAGGAAUAAAUAUGCUCAAGGUAUCUGGGAAGCCAACUAGAGAAGGAAAUGGAACCCAGGCUCUUCUGGAUGCCAUGUGCAAUGAUCAAAUGCACCUGGCCCGAUUUAUUUUGGAGGCACUGGAUGGGAAGAUAGUUAACACCAGAGGGGGGGACUUGAGCCGAACCCCACUGAUCUGCAGUACUCUGCUACCAGAGCCCCGGGCCCGGCAGCGCUACAUGCUGCUCCUUCUGGAAAAAGGAGCAGAAGUGAACAGCCGUGACCGCGCAGGUCGCACCGCGCUCAGCUACUCCUGCGAGAGAGGCCACCUGCCCGAGGUCAAGAUCCUGGUGCAGCAUGGGGCUGACCCUGAGCUUGCAGACCUGUGGGGUAACACCGCCCUCAUUUAUGCCUCAGUGUCCGGCCACGCCCAAGUGCUGGACUUCUUGACCCGAGCAUUCAAAAGGCUGGGUUUGCAGGUAGAUCGAGCAAACAGGGUGGGCAAUUCUGCUUUGGACGUGGCAAGGUACCUGGGGUAUCGAGACUGUGAGCUUACCUUGAGUGGGUGUAACUGGAGUCGGAAAAAGGAAGAGCAAGAUCCCUUGCAGGGAAACUGGGAAGAGGGUCAAAGUGGGUCCCGCGGAGCUGCACACAGUAUUCUCUUAGGGCGAAGUCGUUCUCUGGCCUCACACAGACGCAUGGAGAGUAUGGACUCUAUAGAAGAAGAGGACGGGGACAAAGGAGGCUGUGCUGCAAGCUCCUCCAGCCAUGGAUUUUCCAACGUGUUGAACCCAAGACCCCGCUCCUGGAGCCUCCAAUAUGGAGGUCGUACAGGGGAGCGCAGAGAGCUCGGACUCCACCUUCCAGCACUUAGCAGUGCCUCCAUCCAGAUCUCCACCAGCCUCUAUUCACCUCGGCCUGGGAAACAACAUGAACCAUCAAUCUGCCCUCUACCUGGACCACUAGGCAUCCUUCUUACUCCGCUUUCUGCUAACCCUCAUUCAGGUCCUCCGGGGGGCAAUGAUCAUCAGCCUGGAUGUUCCAAAGAAACUGGGUUUAGGCGGUUCAAUGAUACAUAUUACAAAAAGAGGAGCAGUCUUCCCUCUACUCUGCUUUCCCCAACACCACCAGAUAGAGGACUUUUGGGUUACCAAUCUAAAGACUCCCAGCCACAUGGUGGGCCAAGUAACCCAUUUACUGUGCUGGGGAACAAACUGCUUAGACGUUUCACCUUCCCCGAAUUUAAAAAACAACAAGUUUCUGGAGGAAGCAGAGAAAAAGUUACCCUCGAGAAUACAGAGACUGGACACAGAGGGAUGGCAAGGUCUGAGACCUUCCCUGUCAGCAAAAACCACCCAAAGGUGGUCAGCAAACCCAGUGUAGACAGCAUCAGCAGUGUAAAAUGUGAAUUUGAUUUCCAGCAGCAGACCAAUUCUUGAUGCAAAUCUCUAGAUUCAGAAAUUACAGCUUG